AGCUCAGUGUUCCUAGUCAACUGAUGAUUCACAGGACACUCCUCCCUGCCUGUGGACUCUGAGCCCGGCACAACAGUAACAAGGAAGUGAAAUGUUUGCCUUUCUUUCUGUGCUCAAUCAUCGUGACGGACCAGGAGCAAACCAUCCUCCAGAUGGUCCAGGCGAUGAUGCACUGCUUGAUUUAAACACAACAUCAUGAAUAACUGCUGGACGAAGACCCCAAAAGAUGACUCAUGGCUGUCUGAAGAAUCUUGUUGUACUGAUGUUCUGCACAAUGUUAGUAGGAACCACACGCUCCUGUCUCCAAUUUGAAUAUGUGUUGAGGACGGACCAGGGAGAAGAGUGUUGUCCCAAGUGUGUCCCGGGACACAGAGUCAAAACACAUUGCACUGAGUGGCAAAGCACGUCCUGUAUUGCCUGUGAUGAAGGAACCUACAUGGACAAAUAUAACGGAGAGAAACAGUGUUUCCAGUGUCUCAACUGUGCUGAAGGCACCGGACUGAGGGAGAUCAGCUCCUGUAUAAACACACGAAACACUGUGUGUGAACCUCUGGAGGGUUUCUUCUGUGUGAGCGGCUCAGUGGACAGAUGUGUGGCAGCACAGCAACACUCCACAUGUGCACCAGGACGAUACAUCAGCACAGCAGGAACGUCCUCCACAGACACUGUGUGUGGAGACUGCAGUGAAGGAACAUUCUCAGAUGGAACCUUCAAGUCCUGUCAGAAUCACACACAAUGCUCCAGGCUUCAACAACCAGGAACCAUUUCCUCUGACUCGGCAAAAGAAAGGAAACCAGAGAACCCAGAGUUUUCCAUGCAAACAACGCAACAUGUGAAGCACUGGUUGAUGAAGCAGCACCUCCGCUUCCCUCUGCUGUGGUCCUCACUGAUAAAGCCCUCCUGGAUGACGCUGGCGCUGACGUGUUGCACCCCCCAAGGUGACAAGGACAGUUUCUUCUGCGAGUUUGACAAGUCAAUCGAACCAUUCUCAUCCCACUACAAAAUUUGUGUGUUUCAGAAUGGAUCAGCUAUCAUGGGGAACUUGAAGAGGACAAGUAUUCCUGCAGUGCCAGUGGACCUGAGGCUUCACAACAAGACAACAGAGGCGAGCAGCCCUGCAUCAAUGACUCGCUAUUUAUCAGGGACAGAAACAGAAACUUUGAUUUUAGGACAGUACUGAAUGUGUAAUGUUUUUUGAUAUAUUAUUUUCUAUUUCGACUUUUUAUAUCUUCAUGUGAGACAAAUGUGGUUCUUAAAUCAUUUUGUGAAUAUCUGACCACUGUAGAGUUAGUGAGAAAUCCCCGGCCGUCGGAGGCCUUCUUCACUGGACCUGUCUCUAGUGCACAGGUCACAUUAUCUUAGCUGAUAAUGGGCACCAAAGUUCUUUCCUCUGAUGUGCAUGCAGUCUACAGAUUAAUAACAAACACUUGAUAUAUUGGGACCAGGAGGCAAAUGAUUGCACAGGUCAGUCACUGUCAACGGCAGAACAGAGCUCUUGGGUUUUGGUCUGAGCAGGCUUCUGAGCAAGUGCACUUUGACUUUGAAAAAGGAUUUUGGAUUGCUAGAAGCUACAAAAGGGACCCGGACCACCCAGAAUGCAGGUAAAAAACAAAGGCUGCAAUGGCAGAAUAUGCAGCUUGUAUAAUUGUUAUUCAGAGAAUUUCUUAUUAAUCUGCGUAAGAAUUAUUAGAAUAGAGAUUAGGCCUACUGGGGAUACUCUUUAAAAAAUGAAGGGUUUGCCUACCUCAUGGUCCUUUGGAAAUGGCAAAAAUGAAUUCUACACAUUUUAAAACCCUAGAUGAGUCUCAAAAAAUGUCAAAAUUAAUCAAUAAAUGAGAUUCACAAUUGACCAAUCAGAAAAUACAGCAGAAAACGAUUAUCUUGAACAUGACUUUGAAAGGCAUUGAAAUGAUUCAGAGAUCCUGUGUAACACCACCUCACUGCUCAGCAGUUCAAGUAUCCAGCCGGAGGUGGGCCUUCAUCAACCAGUGCUUCACAUGUUGCGUCGUCUGAAACGCAGUAAAACCAUGUGACUCAGAAACAAUUCAUUUGCUUUGAUUUGCAGUCAGAUACUGGAAUUAAAGAUCAUUUUCUUGACAACAAAUCUGUUAUUUACUUAGUGAAAGAAAGAAAUUAAUAUUCCAUACUGCUGUUUCAACCCGGCCCUGACCAAAAUCCCAAGGACACUACAGUCUCUCUUGAAACUGUUUCAUGAUGAAACUUCUUAGUGGAGUUUGUCUCCAACGUCAUUAUUUGUUUAUGUUUAAAUUGAACAGAGAACUCAGUGCAGAGAUGAGAAACUCUAUGUUUCACAUCUCUGGUAGAAGCCGCUGGUGUCUGACAGGCUGCUCUGCCAGCUUUAUUUAGGGGUUAAAUGGAGCCGUCUGUCUGCUGUAUCUCAUGUCUCUGAACAGUUGACUUGAACUAUGGAGCAGUCUGGACACAUGUCCUCGAUGCUACUGAAGAAAUAUGAGAAAUCAUGUGAAGAAAUGAUCAUUUAGUCAUGUUCUAUUCUCCAAAUCAUGAUACAAACUGUCAGUCCUUAACCAUGAUUUCACAAUUCUCUCUUGUAAAAUGCAUGUUUUUCAUUGCCUUAUUAAAGAUUUCACUAACA